AUGGCGUUGCCAUCUGCAGGAGCAGACGCCGCGACGUUCACCAUCACCAACAGCUGCGGCUACACGGUGUGGCCAGGCAUCCUCUCAAACGCCGGCGCGCCGCCGCCGUCCACCACGGGCUUCGCGCUGGCCCCGGGGCAGUCCGCGGCCGUCACCGUGGCCGCGUCGUGGUCGGGCCGCAUCUGGGCGCGCACGCUCUGCGCCACGUCCGCCGACUCGGGCGACUUCGCGUGCGCCACUGCCGACUGCGGCUCGGGGGCCGUCGAGUGCUCCGGCCGCGGCGCCGCGCCGCCGGCCACGCUGGCCGAGCUCACGCUCGCCGGCGGUACCGGCGGAGACGACUUCUACGACGUCAGCCUCGUGGACGGAUUCAACGUGCCGAUGCUCGUCGCGCCGCGGGCGUCGUCUGCGGCGGCCGCCAACGGGAGCAGCAGCUGCCGGCCCACGGGGUGCGCUGCUGACCUCAACGCGGCGUGCCCCGCGGAGCUGCGCGUCGCCGGCGCGGGGGGCGAGGCGGCGGUGGCGUGCAGGAGCGCGUGCGAGGCGUUCGCGGCGGCCGAGUACUGCUGCAGCGGCGCGUACGGGUCCCCGGCGACGUGCGCGCCGACGCCCUACUCCCGCUUCUUCAAGGCCGCGUGCCCCUCCGCCUACAGCUACGCGUACGAUGACGCCACGUCCACCUUCACCUGCGCUUCCGCGGCCGCCGCCGGCGGCUACGACGUCGUCUUCUGCCCCAGCGCGUCCAGCCUAAAAUCCGGCGGGAAUCCCGAGGCGGCAGGCCUGCCGCCCUCAACGAUGGAGUUCUCUGGAGACACAGCAGGCAGCUUGACGACGACGAGGGACGCGGUGGCGGCGCUCCUGCAGACGGUCGUCGUCUUCUCGGCGAUGGUGGUGGUCAUCUGA